AUGGCUUGGCCCGAGAUUGAGCCCAGCAGAUCACAUCUGACCUAUCUUCUCUUGUCUUUCUUUCUGAUCUUCUAUGCCUUAUUUUCUGAGCUCAUCCGCAACCGGCUCCAUCUCUCUGAACCACCUCUAGCAACACUAACCGGCAUUAUCUUCGGACCCAGGGGGUUGACGGUUCUCAAUCCUUUCGAAUGGGGAUGGGAGGACAACAUCACCCAAGAGCUUACGAGGGUUGUCACCGGUGUCCAAUGCUUCGCAGUCGGCGUCCAGCUUCCAGCGGGCUAUGUAAAGCGCCAUUGGAGAAGCAUUGGGCUACUUCUGGGUCCGAACAUGAUUGCUGGCUGGCUCGUUGCCACGAUUGCAAUCCGCUUCAUCCUCAAUGCUGCUUGGAACACGGCGUUCAUAACCGCCGCUUGCUUGACACCUACUGAUCCUGUCUUGUCCGCCAGCGUCAUUGGGGAAGCUAGGUUUUCGCAAAGAGUGCCCCGGCGGAUCCGUCACUUGCUUACAUCAGAGUCUGGAUGCAACGAUGGAACCGCAUUUCCCUUCUUGUAUGCUGCAUUGUACGCGACCGUGGCUAACUCUUCUGGCAAGGCAGUUAGGCUCUGGGUCACCAAUCUACUCCUCUGGCAGUGCGGUGUUGGAAUCGUUGUUGGAGUGGUCCUGGGCUUUGUGGCAAACAAGGCUCUACGCUUCAGUGAAGCGCGGGGUUUCGUGCAAGAGUCAACACUGUUCGUGUUUUACUUUCUAAUGGCCAUUCUAUGUAUUGGAGUAGGAAGCACCCUGGGUCUCGACGACUUUCUCGUGUGUUUCUCUGCCGGGACCACUUUUUGCUGGGAUGGCUGGUUCUGGACUCGAACGGCCAAGAUGAAGCUCCCCGACAUCUUGGACUUGAUGCUGAACUCCACGAUGUUUGUCUACCUUGGAUCGCUCAUCCCGUGGCGGCUGUACCGACACAACCUGGCUGCAUGGCGGAUGGGUUGUUGCACGCUGGUCAUCCUUAUUUUCCGCAGGCUCCCAGCAAUUGUUGCUCUGAGAAGAUGGACUCCCGACAUCCGGACAUGGCAUGAAGCAUUAUUCGUCGGUCACUUUGGCCCCAUUGGAGUAGGUGCUCUGUUCCUCGCAAUCGAGGCCCGGGCACGCCUUGAAACGGGGACUUCCGAGCCACUUCCUCAUCCUCCCUCGAACGCACCUCACCAAGAAUCCUUGGGCACAGUUUGGCCUGUUGUCUCAUUCGUGGUCCUCUGUUCAAUCAUGGUACACGGGUUUUCUCCGUUGGUCAUGAGUCUGGCCAUCCACUUCUCGCGCGACCCCGAGGAGAGAGCUCCUUUGUUGGGCGCUGAGGAGGAGAGGCUGUUCGGGAUGGCGUCAAACGAGGAUGAGAACCCAGCAGGCCAAAGAACAUUAGUAGAGGUUUCAGAAGAAGAUUCAGCCGAAGCGACGUAA